AGUUCCAUUUGUGAAAGUUAUUAGGUCGAGAAGCAGCCAUUUUGAUUUUUGUUCAAGAAAAACUGAAAGGAUUUCCCUCAUUUUCCUGACACUGUAUUGUCUUACGAGCUUUUAUGGGCUCUUCUAGCAUGCAUUUGCCACUUUUCUCACAGUAUUCAUAGCAAUGGCUGGGAAUCGAAAGCUGCAAGGUGAAAUUGACAGAUGCUUGAAAAAAGUACAAGAAGGAGUUGAUACUUUUGAAGAUAUUUGGCAGAAGGUGUACAAUUCAGCCAAUGCUAACCAAAAAGAGAAAUAUGAAGCUGACCUCAAGAAAGAGAUUAAGAAGUUGCAGCGCCAGCGUGAUCAGAUUAAAACCUGGCUGUCAAGUAGCGACAUCAAAGACAAGCGAAUUCUUGUCGAUAACAGAAAGUUGAUAGAAACACAAAUGGAGAGGUUUAAAGUGGUAGAACGAGAAACCAAAACAAAGGCAUAUUCAAAAGAAGGGCUUGGAGCAGCAUCAAAACUUGAUCCUGCUGCUAAAGAAAAACAAGAAGUCACAAACUGGAUUUCAGUACAAAUAGACAGCCUUAACAUCCAGACAGACAAAUUUGAGAGCGAAAUCGAACAACUUUCUACAGGCAAUAAAAAGAAAAAAAUGGACAAGGAGAAGGGUGACCGAUAUGAACAUUUAAAAGCUGCCCAAGACAAGCACACAUAUCACAUACAGAAACUGGAAACAAUAAUGAGAAUGGUGGAUAAUGAUGCUCUGCCUCUUGAACAGAUCAAAGGAAUCCGAGAAGACAUAGAAUACUAUGUUGACUCUAAUCAAGACCCAGAUUUCGAGGAAAAUGAGUUUGUUUAUGAUGAAUUAGAGCUAGAUGAUUUAGAUCCAUCAUUACAUUCAGCAACGUCACCACCUCAUGACGAAGAUCGAUUUUCAGACAAAUUGUCAACAACGCCAACUUCCACAAACUCGAGUUCCCCAUCACCUAGUCCAGGAAUUACAAAUCAUUCCAAGGAUGAUGAAAGAAAAAAGCAUAAAUCUAAUGAAGACAUAAGAAACAAAAACAACAGUGCAACACCAUCAUCAUCAUCGUCAUCAUCAUCAUCAGCCGGUUCGUCAAGUAAACUACCAAAUACACCUACAAAAAUCAACAGCUAUGACUAUAUUUUCAGCAAUCAGCAGUCUAUCAACUGUAUAGAAACCAAUAGUAAUCACUUGCCAAAUACAACUCCGCCCACACAUGGAUGGUUAGAUGGACAAAAUAGUAAUUCAGGUUCCCCUAUAUCUUCACGAAUACAAAAUAAUGUGCCGCCCUCUGUAUGGCAGCGAACCCCCUCUUCUACAGCUGCUAUGACAAUGAGGCAACUUAACUUUAGCGAAUUAUCCUCUCCGACUAGCGAUACUACAAAGAGCCAAUCAAAUUCAUUAACAAAUCAUGUAUCAGGACUUUCAAGCAGUGUGUCUAGCAGUGUGUUAGUGAACAGUAUAACAUCAUCUAUAAACAGUUCAGUGAACUCUGUCUCACCUAACAGUGUAGGAAAUCCCUCCAUCCCGCCUCAUGGGGCGCUGCCAUUGCUCAACAACGGGCUUGGCAAGGAAUCGGUUUCGCCUCCGAUGUUGUCAUCUCCAGUAUCGUCUAGUGCAGUAAACAGCAACAACAAUAGUUUAAUCACUUCAUUAUCAUCAUCGUUAUCAUCGACACUAACUUCAUCUCAGGCAAACGCAAUGAACAGUUUGAGUACGAGUAAAACAGAGAUAUUGCCAGGUGUUAUGAAUGGACCUUUAAAUGCUGGAGGAGCAUUACAUAAGGAUGUGUUGUCAGAAGAGAUGUCAUCCUUAAAAUCUAUUGCACAGCAGGCUGUGAUGAAUGCAGGUCUAGAAAACCAGAUACCAUCAUCGACAGACACAACGUCAUCUGACACAAAAGUGCCAUUCAACAGUACAGUGUCACAGUUGUCACCUCAACCGAGUCCCGGUUCUCAGGACGGAAGUAUAACAAAUCAACAGGUUCCACAAACCACGACAAUACACCUCAAUCGGUUAUUAGGAGUGGCACCACUGGGGCCCGUUCCUCUAGUAAAAGAACAUUUAUACCAGCUUACCAUGGGAGAGGCAGCAUUCCAUCAUCUGCCUCAUCCGUCAGAUUCUGAAAGAUUACGGCACUACUUGCCUCGGAACCCGUGUCCCACACCACCGUAUUAUCCUCAGUUACCUCCACCACAUGCAGAUUCAGUAGAAUUCUUUCAAAGAUUAUCCACUGAAACUCUGUUUUUUAUCUUUUAUUAUAUGGAGGGUACCAAGGCUCAAUAUUUGGCAGCAAAAGCAUUGAAAAAACAGUCAUGGCGUUUUCAUACUAAAUAUAUGAUGUGGUUUCAACGACACGAAGAACCAAAGACAAUAAAUGAAGAUUAUGAACAGGGCACAUAUAUUUAUUUUGACUACGAGAAAUGGGGCCAAAGGAAAAAGGAAGGAUUUACAUUUGAAUACCGGUAUUUGGAAGAUCGGGACUUGAACUGACUAAAAAAAGAUCUAGCCAGCACUAUAAGUGCUGACCUACAAAAAUAAAUAGUGUUAUCACUGCUGGGUGACACUUGGUGUGAUUGACGGCAGGGAGACAUGGUUACCAUAGUGAUCUACACACACCUGCAUUCUGAUCGUGCUCACAUUUGUUCUGUUGUCAUGGGAAAUAUCCAUCCCAACCAAUCAGUGUGCUUGACAUAAUACUGUGAUCUGAGUUGUGAAAAAGCUUGAAUUCUUGACCUUUUUAAUUAAUUAUGGCUAGAAUUGAAGCCUUUACAAAACCAUGGUGUUCUGUGUAAGGUUUAUUUUAACUUCUGUGGAUUUUAAAUAUUAGGAACAAUUUGGCAACAGGGAACUUCCAGCACAAGUAAAUCAUGGUAAUUGGGCACUGGUUACAAUCAUGUCAUCAACGUUGACUUGAUGCUCCAUUUUGUGAAUGCACAGUUUGUGCAGUUUGUAAUGAACAUUGAAUCUCAAGUGCCUUGCUCAUAUUUACACUGUUGGAAAAACUGAGCAAGAAUCUGUUGCUCCGUUAGAUAAACUGGUAACAACAAAUCAGAAAUACUCUAGAUCUUAUUUUAUUUGACACUCUGUUUCUCAACACAAAAGAUUGCCAAAAAGUUCACGAGAAACAUUUUUAUCAUUAUUCAAAAGCUGUCAAUGCACUUGUUAUUUCAUAAAUGCCCAUUGUGUUGGUCACAUUGUACAUUGUGGCUAGUCUUAUAUACACCAGAGCUACUUUUGCCAUAAAGGAUUAAAUUGUGUGAAUUUGUGUUUUCGGGAAAGAGCUAUAAACUACUGACAGUAAAUACCCUGUUAACUCAGUUUUUAUAAACAAGUAGGUUAUGAUUUAUUUGUGCUAAACUGGAAAGCAUUUAUUCAUACGAUGUAGUGCCUUGAUUGGCAUGAUCUCAGUAAAGGAAACUCUGGUCAAAGACAACUCAUCUACUAACAGUAUUUUAUACAGUGUUGAAGUGUGACGGAUAAUUGUGUGCUGAUAUAUGAAGGUUUAUGCUUGACAUGACAUAUAUAGAGACAGCUUCCGUGACCAAGGAGGAACUUCUAGGACGUGAAGUCACUUUAUAGUGCUGCCACAACAUAAACUGUCUUCAUAUAUAUAUCUGAUACAUAUUUUAGCAGUACUUAGCUACAAAAUCUAGUCCUGCUGUCUAUUCUCUACUCUCUUUUUUUUUUUAUCCCUACCCACCUGUUCAUUUGUUCUGUUCACAUGUAAUGUCUGGUUAGAGAUUGUGAUAGGGUAAAACUUGCUCUUGUAAAGUAACUUGUUAAGUUUUUCAGCAAUAUUUUUGUUGCUGAUUAAGGUUAUGCAGCACAUGUGUUUAAAUGUAAUCAGGCAGGACCAAAGAAUAGUUUCUACAACACAUCUGUAGUGCUUGUAUUUCACAAUUACAUUUUGAUCAUGGUUUUUAGUCAUUCACAGCUUUUAUACUGACCAUCACCUCGGAGCAAGAACUUGAUAAGAGCUUAAUAUCAAUGCAGUUACUCACUUUUUGUGCUAAGGUGAUGACUUGUUACAUCUACCUUAACUUUGGUCAAAACAGUCAUUCUUUUAAUAUUUUGUUUAUUUAAUUCAAAUUGUUUGGUUCUCUCAAAAUAUUAUUCCUUUUAGUUAUGUGCCUAUUAGCUAGAAAAGGCUAGAGAAAAAAAGAUCUAGGAGAACAUCACAGACUGUAAAGAUUUAUAUGUGAGAUUGAAGAACAUCAGGAUGUCGGAAUGGGAUUGGGAACAUUUAUUUUGUAUUGUGUUUAAGAGAACAAAAAAUGUUAUCAAGUAUGGUGCUGCUUAUUCAGUGAAACAUAGAUUUACCAAAAUUUUGUAAUAUUGAAGAUAUGAAAGUAAAAUUUGUAGAAUAUUGAACAACAAAAAAGUGAUGGAAAAAUUGCUUUUCUAUAAAACCUGAUAUUCAGAUAUUUCCAGUUAUUUUUCAUUUGAAAAUGCAUUUUUAUUCCAAGUGCAAUAAGCAUUGCUAUAAACGCCCAUCAACACAUCUUAAUCACAAGAAUAACUGGGAAAUAUCUGGAUGUUGUGUUCCUAGAAAAAGUAAUACAACUAUUCAUUUGUAAGUGCUACAUAAAACUGAAUCACAGGAGUUGAAAUUUCAAAUGUUUAUAGCUUUGGGAUGGCAUUAUAUGUUAAUAUGUUAACAGUGCUGAAAAAUUAUAUCAACUUGUUACAGUGUGCUAGUUUUUGUUUCUCAAAUGUUGACGUAUUGUGUCAGUGAAGGACUCGGCUAUGCAAUUUGUGCUGUGAUGGUAUUGUAGUAAGUAAAGGCAAACUAUCUCCUUGAAUACAAGCUCUAUCACAUUCAUUACAAUGCAUAGGUAUUGUCCUAAAACAAGAUUUUCCAGGGUAUGCUGCAGCUUGCAGUCCAAGUCAAAACUUUCAUGACAUAUGUAAUCUUUUUUUAUUUAAUACAUGACCUAGUAUUGUGGAAACAAGUUUUAUUUUGUUUCUAUCUAGGUAUAGUAACCUCUUCAUAAGCUUUUUUUAACGCCAAAAACCCUUAGUUUGUAUUUGGAAACCCUUUCAGAAAUGAAAGAACAGAAUAUGUGUUAAAAGACUUGAAUUAGGGAAGUAUUUCAUAAAGAAUAUACCCAUAAUUAGGGAAGUAUUUCAUAAAGAAUAUACCCAUACCAAAACAAUACAAUUUUAUUUAUAUUACUAGGAUUACUUCCUGAGAUUAGUAAUGAAAUUAGAUUUGGUUAAUGCUGAAAAUACAAAAAAAGAAGAUCAAAAAUAGUAGUUGAUAUAUGUUACUGAGGUCAAAAUUUGGUGGGGGGGAGCAUUAUGACUUCAAAAAUAAAAAAAAAAUGUUUGGCAUGUGUAAUUUAUUUUUGAAUGAUUUACUGCACCAAUGACUCAAUUUUGCUGUUUGGUAUGUAAAUUGCUUUGGAUGGGAGAAUUGGUCAAGCUUCUUUUUUAACAUUAUAUACUGUUACACAUAUGCUGCUAGUUCAUUGAAAUAAGUAUUGAAUUGAUAUUUCUUCAACUGGUUUAAGAGAAGGCAUAGAAAAACAUGGUUCUUGGAGGUAAUUGUGUGAGUGGGUAUUAUUGGUGCUCAACAUUUAGAACUAGAAGUGUUAUAUGAUAAUAUGGAAGGGUGUACUUUGUACAUUUUUAGAUUUUAUAUAUAUAACACCUACCUGUAUUAUUGUAUAAACCAAGGUUCUUUGGUUAGAGAUUAACGAAUGAUUGGUGAAGAUCUGAUUUUCUGUUUUUAUCUUGCCCCUGUUGUUCAAAUAUAAUUGAUACUGGAGCAAAAGACCUGUAUAAAUUCCACUUAAUGAAUUGAAAUAUCAGUGCAUUGUUAGUACUGAAAAGAAUUAUCACCAAGAACAGUAAAAAUAUAAUUUUUGUUUUCAAUUUCCCAUUCUAGAAUUAUACACAUCUUUCUGUGAAAGAUUGUUUAGUUACUGUUGAUGGAAGAUUAGAAGUUUUAAGGUACUUUUGCUGUUAACAUUAUAUCAACAAUUAGCUGUAUAUGAGGGAUAAUCAACACUGUAUAACAAAUAUGGCCUUUAUGAACAUGUGAUUUGAUACAAUGUGCAAUAAUGCAAAUUAUCAAUGUUUUGAUAGAUUUUGUACAGAUGUAGAGUAUUUGUAUAAUGAUAUAAUUGCAAACUAUUUGAAUUGUAAAAACAAUGAGUGCUUUACUGUUAAAAAUGGUACUGAUAUUUAAAUGAGCAUUUCAAGGCUUCCAUAUUAUAGUUGAAACAUUCCAAGAUGUGACAACCAGUUACACAAGAGCUUCUAUGUUUACAAUUGGUUGCUUUUAUUCAAUGCUUCCUGAAUGGUUUGGAGUAUUUAUGUCACGGCUUGAGAUACUGUCAAAUACUUAUUUUUAUCAGUUAGAAAGUGCUGUCCUGUAAAGAUACGAAAUAUUAACAUCAUAUGAAAUGUUUUUGUAAACUCACUAGGUUUUUAAUUAUUCCUUAAACGUUUUAUCACACCAAUUUAAUUUUUAUCCUUUUUGUAAAAUACACAAAAAAUGACAAUAUAGAUUUUUUUUAAUUCAAUUUUCAGACAAACAAAACGGUCCCUGGAUUUUUUUAUAAUACUCUGUCAGACUUCAUUAUAUUUUUCAAACUUCACAUUAUCUGAACAUUUUUAAACAAAAUGUCUUUUUCACAGAAAGUUUUCUUUUGUAUUAAGCUUACAACAUAAUAAUGGAGCAUUCAGCCAUAACGUUGGACAUGUGUGAAGUAGAUCACAUUUCAGGGGAAAUCAAUCUUGUUCUCUCUUGUCAUUGUUAUAGUUGUGAUAAUACUUUGUAAGACAUUUUGGAGCUUAUGUAUGGAACUAAGGGGGGCAACACUUGCAUGAUCACAAAUUUGCUGGUCAUGGAAAGAGUUGUGUUUCCUUGUUCUGCUAGCUCAACUGAAACUGUUGGUUUUUAGUCUAUACAGAUUGUAUUAGAUGAUUGUGUAUGCGAUUGUGACUGUCCUAUUUUUGUACAGCAUAACUUGUGAUACCCGGGUGUUCGCCUCUGGCAUGGGGGGAGAGCUGAGGUAGACUGCUCUGCCAUUACGCUGAUUACCUUGUACAUAUAUGACUGGGGGCCAAAGCACAAGGGUGAUCAGACAAUGCUGCAAACAAAGACAAAAAUAAAAAAAAUGAUUUGUCAA